AGCACAUCUAGAGAGAUGAGGCCACUUUCAUGCGUGCCUUGAGGAAAGCCUCCUGGGUCUCAGCAGGCCCGUGCUGUGCCCACCAGGCCUCCAGGAGAUUAGGGAGCUUCCGUGGCUCUAAGUGACUUGAAGCUUACCCUUCCUCUUUGUUGCUCCCAGCACAUCUGGCUUCCCUCUGCGCUGGCCACAGGGCCUGGAACUUUUUCAGUCUCCCUAAGGCUUUCCUGUCUUGUGGGCAGCCUAGUCUUGGGACAUCCAUCUGGGCCAGUGGCCCCAUCACCACCAGUGGGCCUGUCGGCUAGUCCUCAGGUGGCUGUUAAGAGGUAGCCAAGGCCGCUAAUCCCUGCAGGAGUUCUUAGGAUUUAUCCAGGCCCCGGAAGGUGGUCCUGGGCCACCCUUAUGACGUGACAUGAGGGGACUUGGACAAUUAGCCCAGUCUCUGUCCCUGGGCCCACGCAUACAAAAACUCCAUCUUUUUUUUUCCUACCCUGACUCUCAGGGCCUGGAAUUCUGCCAUUAGCAAGUUGCCUUGUGCUCUCCUUGACGUCCUCUAAAAAGGCACAUACUCCUGCAUGUGGACAGUCCUACGUGUUUACUGCUAAAGAGUAAAGCCAGGCUAGCCUGGCCCUUUUCCAGCUGCCUGUGUGACCGUGGCCAUGUUGCUUCUCCUCUCUGGGCUACGUAAGGCCCUUUCACCUAUCACCUCAACACGCUGGUCUGGAUUCUACACCUUCCACACUCUUGCAGUUACCCUUCUUCCUCCUCUGCUGGGCGGACAGUGGGAAGGACCCCGCAGCUGAGUCGGGAUGCGGGCAGGGCCCAGAAGCCAGUGUCACCACCAGCGGGCCCAGAUAGCUGAGUGGAUAUCAUAUCAUCAUAUCGGGCCUACUUCCUGUUCUUUUCAGGACAGGUGGGGAAGCAGGUCUGGAGGGGGAAGGCUCUUGCUUCACAUAGGAAGUCAGGUGGAGCUGUAGCCAUAGAGCAGAUUUCCUUGCGGCCAGCGCGGGUUCCUCCACUGCCGGUUGCACCUUUCAUGAGAGUGUCUGGAGGGCUCAUCAGCAUGAGGGCCAGGGACGUGCUUUCUCCUCCUCCAUGGAAGGCGCCUCUAGGCUGGGGCCUCUGCCUGUUGUGGGGCCCCUGAGUGUGGGGCAGAAGCAAGCAGGACAUCCUCUUCCUGAGGUCCAGGAGGGAGGGGCCGGUGGCCUCUGGCAAGGAACCUGGUGGUGAGGGGCCUGGAGGCUUCCGGAACAUGGUUGGUGGCUCAGGAUGCCCUAGAGCCACCACUCCCUCCCUCUUUCCCUCCCUCCCUCCCAGGGAGGGGACUGGCUGAGAGUAAUGCCAUUUGUCCUAGCUCUGGGAUUGGGUGCGGCCUCGUCAAGUGAGGAGCGUGCAGCCAUUAAGAGGACGCAGUGAAGGGAAGCCGAGCCCAGCGCUGCUGCCUGGAGGUCUGCCUUGGCCGCGUGGGCCCCACUGAGCGAGCGGCAUGCAGCACCCCCGGGCCUGCCCCGUGUCCUUCGGCCCGCUGCCCAGCCCCCCCAGGAGGCCCUGACGCCCUGGGGGCACUUCUGCUGUGCACAGGACCACGUGGGGGUUUGCCAUGGUGACAUAAAGGCGCACGGAGGAAGGAAGGAGCGCAACCGGCCUGCGGACUGUGCCCCUGGCUGGGAGGAAGGGCCGGGGGCCCGGAUCCCCCACUCCUGCUGCCCACUGAGGGCCGCGCUUGCUAAGUGACUGUGAAUUUGUUGGUCAGUGGACGACUCUGCUCUCUCCUCCUGCGUGGGGCCUGGGGGUGGCCGGGGCAGAGGGGCCUCCGGAGGCCGAGGUCUGGGGGCCAGGAUGCCCGCCCUGGCGCGCCUCCGCAGGCUGUGUCGGCACGUGUCCCCGCAGGCUGUCCUUUUCCUGCUGUUCAUCUUCUGCCUGUUCAGCGUUUUUGUCUCGGCCUACUACCUGUAUGGCUGGAAGCGGGGCCUGGAGCCCUCGGCAGACGCCCCUGAGCCUGACUGUGGGGACCCGCCCCCUGUGGCCCCCAGCCGCCUGCUGCCACUCAAGCCCAUACAGGCGGCCGCCCCCUCCCGCACGGACCCACUGGUGCUGGUGUUUGUGGAGAGCCUCUACUCCCAGCUGGGCCAGGAGGUCGUGGCCAUCCUGGAGUCCAGCCGCUUCAAGUACCGCACGGAGAUCGCACCGGGCAAGGGUGAUAUGCCCACGCUCACCGACAAGGGCCGCGGCCGCUUCGCCCUCAUCAUUUAUGAGAACAUCCUCAAGUACGUCAACCUGGACGCCUGGAACCGGGAGCUGCUGGACAAGUACUGUGUGGCCUAUGGUGUGGGCAUCAUCGGCUUCUUCAAGGCCAACGAGAACAGCCUGCUGAGUGCGCAGCUCAAAGGUUUCCCCCUGUUCCUGCACUCCAACCUGGGCCUGAAGGACUGCAGCAUCAACCCCAAGUCCCCGCUGCUCUAUGUGACACGGCCCAGCGAGGUGGAGAAGGGCGUGCUGCCCGGCGAGGACUGGACCGUGUUCCAGUCCAACCACUCCACCUACGAGCCUGUGCUGCUGGCCAAGACGCGCUCCUCCGAGUCCAUCCCGCACCUGGGCGCGGACGCCGGCCUGCACGCCGCUCUGCAUGCCACCGUGGUCCAGGACCUGGGCCUCCAUGACGGCAUCCAGCGUGUGCUGUUUGGCAACAACCUCAACUUCUGGCUGCACAAGCUCGUCUUUGUCGACGCCGUGGCCUUCCUCACCGGCAAGCGCCUCUCCCUGCCUCUGGACCGCUACAUCCUGGUGGACAUCGACGACAUCUUUGUGGGCAAGGAGGGCACACGCAUGAAGGUGGAGGACGUGAAGGCCCUGUUUGAUACGCAGAAUGAACUACGCACGCACAUCCCAAACUUCACCUUCAACCUGGGCUACUCAGGGAAAUUCUUCCACACAGGUACUGAUGCCGAGGACGCUGGGGACGAUUUGCUGCUGUCGUAUGUGAAGGAGUUCUGGUGGUUCCCCCACAUGUGGAGUCACAUGCAGCCCCACCUUUUCCACAACCAGUCGGUGCUGGCCGAGCAGAUGGCCCUGAACAAGAAGUUCGCUGUCGAGCAUGGCAUCCCCACGGACAUGGGCUAUGCCGUGGCGCCCCACCACUCGGGCGUGUACCCUGUGCACGUGCAGCUGUAUGAGGCCUGGAAGCAGGUGUGGAGUAUCCGCGUGACCAGCACGGAGGAGUACCCCCACCUGAAGCCGGCCCGCUACCGCCGUGGCUUCAUCCACAACGGCAUCAUGGUCCUCCCGCGGCAGACCUGCGGCCUCUUCACGCACACCAUCUUCUACAAUGAGUACCCUGGUGGCUCCAGCGAGCUGGACAAGAUCAUCAACGGGGGCGAGCUCUUUCUCACCGUGCUCCUCAAUCCUAUCAGCAUUUUCAUGACGCACCUGUCCAACUAUGGCAAUGACCGCCUGGGCCUGUACACCUUCAAGCACCUGGUGCGCUUCCUGCACUCCUGGACCAACCUCCGGCUGCAGACGCUGCCCCCCGUGCAGCUGGCACAGAAGUACUUCCAGAUCUUCUCCGAGGAGAAGGACCCGCUCUGGCAGGACCCCUGUGAGGAUAAACGCCACAAAGACAUCUGGUCCAAGGAGAAGACAUGUGACCGCUUCCCAAAGCUCCUCAUCAUUGGCCCCCAGAAAACAGGCACCACAGCCCUCUACCUGUUCCUGGGCAUGCACCCAGACCUCAGCAGCAACUACCCCAGCUCAGAAACCUUUGAGGAGAUCCAGUUUUUUAAUGGCCACAACUAUCACAAAGGCAUCGACUGGUACAUGGAGUUCUUCCCCAUCCCCUCCAACACCACCUCCGACUUCUACUUUGAGAAAAGCGCCAACUACUUUGAUUCGGAAGUGGCGCCCCGGCGGGCAGCCGCUCUGUUGCCCAAGGCCAAGGUCCUGACCAUCCUCAUCAACCCAGCAGACCGGGCCUAUUCCUGGUACCAGCACCAGCGAGCCCAUGACGACCCAGUGGCCCUGAAGUACACCUUUCACGAGGUGAUCACGGCUGGGCCUGACGCGUCCGUGAAGCUGCGUGCCCUCCAGAACCGCUGCCUGGUCCCCGGCUGGUACGCCACCCACAUUGAGCGCUGGCUCAGCGCCUUUCACGCCAACCAGAUUCUGGUCUUGGAUGGCAAACUGUUGCGAACAGAACCCGCCAAAGUGAUGGACACAGUGCAAAAGUUCCUUGGGGUGACCAACACUAUUGACUACCACAAAACCUUGGCGUUUGAUCCAAAGAAAGGAUUUUGGUGCCAGCUGCUCGAAGGAGGAAAAACCAAGUGUCUGGGCAAAAGCAAAGGCCGGAAAUACCCAGAGAUGGACCUGGAUUCCCGCGCCUUCCUGAAGGACUAUUAUCGGGACCACAACAUCGAGCUUUCUAAGCUGCUGUACAAGAUGGGCCAGACACUGCCCACCUGGCUGCGGGAGGACCUCCAGAACACCAGGUAGCCACGGCCACCUCAGCCAGACUGAACGUUUGCGAUGGCCUGGACGGCCUGCCGCAUGCUGAGCCAGACUGACCUGCAGAGUGGGGAGCUGGGCCUGGGCUGGCCAAGCACUUAUGAGCAAUACUCAGCUGAGGCCCAGGCGGGGCCAGGAGAAGAGCCCAGGCAGGUCCGCAGGCACUUCAGAGCAUCCAGUGCCAGGUCUGUGGCCUAUAGGACCUCCUUAGCCACCAGGGGUCCGUUCCGUUCACAGCCUUCCAUGGGGAGGCCACUUCCUGUUGGGGGGAGGCCACUUCCUGGUAGGAGGGAGUCCGUGAGACUCUUUUCUGUCCCUCACUGUGUUCUACCAACCACACCCUCCCCGUCAUCCCAUCACUCCCUGCCCCGGGCAGGGUAUCCCCUCAGUAUUAGCUGCCCUAUUUUCCCCGUCCUCCAGACAAUAGGGAGAAGAGCCCAGCUGGGCCUUUUGCCAAACCAGGGAGAGAGACUGGAUGCUUCCCUGACUGUUUUGAGCCAGGCACUUCAGAGGGGUCAGCGGGGGACCCAGAGUCACUAGGCUGGAUGUGGGGGUGGCCACCUCAAGAGAACUCCGGACCUCCGCACACAUUCUGGUUAAUACUUUCACAUCUCACCUUCCCUUUUGGGUAAAGAAUCGCUGAUUCCUACAGUAUCCACCCAGUCCUUGGGGCCUUCUUCAGGACCCCGGGGCACCGCCAUGCCAUUUGGACCCAGAGACCCAGGCCUCCCUACCCCUGUUCCUCACCCUGGGAUAUGAUGUGUGGUGUUUCCUGUGGUAAAAGACUGAGGCGGUUCAGGAGUCUGCCAGUAUACAUGUCCCAAUGUACAUAUGCUGUCCCCACGCCCACCCAACCUUGGCCCCUGGCAGACACUGGGCAGAGUGGGUGAGACUGCUGUCCAUGGCUUUGCCCCAGCUACCUGUGGCCAAGGGCUCCUAGAGACCCCCUUAACCCCCUCCCAAAUACUAAGAAGCUAAAGUAUUUUAAUAUUUUGUUUUUUCUUGGUGCCAGAGUUUAUACCCUGGGUGCUGGGGUCGCACUGUGUUAUAUAUAUAUAUAUAUA